AUGACCACGACAGACUAUGACGAUGUUACCAAAUUUCUGGGAGAAUGGGGACAUUUUCAAAAACUGAUCGCAUUACUCCUCUGUAUAAGCGUAAUUCCUAACGGGUUGACAGGUUUUUCCGUUGUAUUCAUCGCUGACACGCCUCCGCACCACUGCUUGAUACCACCAAAUGCCAAUAUUAGCGCAGAAUGGAGAAACUAUUCUAUUCCACUGGAAGAAGAUAAUGGGGAGAUGCGGUACAGCAAAUACACCCGAUACAAACUGGACGUAAUAAAGCGUCUUUCAGACAACGGAUCCGUGCCUGGAAUCGACGUGAAUGUCACUGAAAUAGAACAGGAAAGCUGUAAGGAUGGAUGGCAUUACGACCGAUCAAUUUACAUUUCAACCAUCGUGUCCGAGUGGGAUCUGGUGUGUAGUGAUGCAUGGAAGGUCCCCAUGACCACUUCUGUGUUAUUCUUUGGAUUGUUAACGGGAGCCUUUUUUUCUGGACAAUUGUCGGACAGGUUCAUCCCGGAGUCUCCCCGAUGGCUUCUCUCUCAGGGCCGGGUGGAGGAGGCAGAGGCCAUUUUGAGAGGUGCUGCCAAGAAGAACAGAGUCAAAGCCCCGGAGGUCAUCUUUCAACCUCUCCAGGCAGAACACCAGGAAACGUUGAACCACCACAACAUCUGUGAUCUCAUUAAGUCCAGCAGCAUCCGCUGGAUCACGAUCAAACUGAUCCUAAUGUGGGUGAUAAUCUGCCUUGGGUACUUUGCCUUAUCUUUGAACACCUCAAAUCUGUCUGGGGACCCCUUUUUGAACAGUUUCUUCUCGGCGGCUGUUGAAGUCCCAGCCUACAUUUUGGCCUGGCCCCUAUUUCGCUCUUGCCCAAGGCGACUGUGUCUCUCUCCCACGCUGUUCCUCAGUGGAGUGGUAUUACUGGUCACACAGCUCAUACCAGGAAAGCUGAGUUCAGUGUCUAUUGCACUGGAGAUGAUGGGGAAAUUUGGAUUCUCGGUGGCUUACAUUCUGGUGUACGCUUUCACGGCGGAGCUGUACCCCACCGUCCUGAGGAACACCGCGGUGGGCACCUGCUCCACCAUCUCCCAGCUGGGCAACAUCGCCGCACCCUAUUUCCUCUAUAUGGGAACCUAUUACAAGUCCUUGCCAUACAUAUUAAUGGGGAGCCUCUGUGCUUUGGGGGGGUUGCUUGGCCUCCUGCUUCCUGAGACCUAUGGUUUGCCUCUCCCAGAGACCAUCGAUCACAUGCAGACUAUUCAAAGGUAUAAAAAGCGACAAACAUCAAAUCGAGGGCGGCCUGUAGUGUAGUGGUUAAGGUACAUCACUGGGACCCGCAAAGUCGGUGGUCCGACCCCGGUUGUAGCCACAAUAAGAUCCGCACAGCCGUUGGGCCC